AUGAUACUUGAGGAAGGUUGCAAGGAUGAACCUGCAUUUCUUAAUGGGUGGUUCACUGAUGCAACCAAAGCAUCAUUUAAAGCCACAAAGAAUGAGGUUGAGUCUACAAGUGGAAGGGUGCAGAAGGCCAAGGUCCGAGACCAAUGGCUAGCAAAUGCACUUACCAACUGUGGCAAUCAACCAAUGCUGGUUGUGGACAACUGUACUGUAGAUGCUUGGAUGGCAUUCCUGCAAACGUUCAGGACAAGCAAGGGAAAACUCCUUGUAAAGACAUCCCUUGGCGUUAAGUGUUCCGCACUGUACCAUCUAUUUAGGUGCCAUGACGCAAUGGGAAUGCCUGGUCAGUUCAAGCAAGAGUUAUCUGUGAAGAAAAAAGGCCUUUACAGGCUAAUUGCAAAUGCGGCCCAAAAUGAAGGUGGGCAUGAUAGCGACGGCAAGCUGCCUAUGUUGUACAAGCUAUAUGUGAAAUGCUGCCAGUGGCUAUUGGAGAAGGGAGAUGAUAGGAGUAUCUUUUGCCACUAUUUUUUGGUCCUUAUAUGGAACUUAAUGUGCAGGGCCAACAACACAGUGACAAUUUUGUUCGAACAUAUGCAAUGGCAGGCUGACCACUUGGAGCUUUUAUUCUGUCAGCAAAAAAAUGACACCACCAGAGAAAAGCAGCGUUUCCUAAGACGGCUAUAUGCAAAUCCGCAGCAGCCAGAAGUGUGCCCAAUAUUUGCCCCUGCACUGUAG